ACAAUAAUCGUCGUUGUUAAAAAUUAUUUGUUCGUCAUGAAGCCUCAUUAAUGGGAAUGUACCGGCAACCGAAGGUGUUUAUCGCUCUGCAUUUUUCACUGGGACGAUAUAAAAGAAGGUGAAACUAUCAUUGGACAAGUCAUUUCCCUUCGGGAUUCUACAGUGAGUGGAAAGUUCAGUGAUCUCUGGGUUGUGGAUGUGAAAAUUCAAAAUGUGCAAAAUGCUAUCAAUCUCCAUAUUAAGUGCACUCGUGAUUAUUCCAGUGGUUCUGGGCAGUAUUCACAUGGAAGGGCGAUGCCCCAGUUAUGUUGCCGUGCCCAGUUUCGACAGGACCAGGUUUUUAGGCGAAUGGUUCGAAAUACAGCGACUGGAGACUGAUGAGCUAUUGAAUGCAGAUUGCGUCCUCGUCAAUUACAAAAUGAAUGCGGACGGAAGCACGGUGGACGUGAGCAAUCGAAUGAUGAUAUUGGAGAGCACACCGAGGACGCUCGAGAGGCGGGGAUAUGCGAGAUAUCUCGACACAAGUGGACGUCUGGUGAUGAUUUAUAAUGAAACAGAUCCAAGCGCCAGUAUCUUCGACUAUUACGUCACCCACACGGACUACACCCAGUAUCUGGUGGCGGUGUCCUGCGAGAAUCUGAACAACACCCACUACGCCGAGUCGGCCUGGGUCAUGUCCAGGAGCCGCACCCUGCCCGCCGGCGCCCUGACCGCCGUCAAUCAGGCCACUCAGCACUGGGACGCCACCUUCUUCCGCCGCACCAACCAGGAUGAGCGAGUGUGCAGCUCUUCACGGCAAUUGGCAUUGGCAAGCAUCACACUUUUAAUGGCCCUGUUCACAAUUCAUUUCCUGCGCUGAGGGAAAAGUUUUGCGCUUGUUAUCACAAAUUUGCUAUUUUCAUAGGUAUGAAGAGCCAAUAUCUAUUUUGUAGUUGUGUGUGCUAAAGCAACACGAGCGGAACUCGGUUGUAAUUAAACUUUGAAUAAA